CGCGAACACCAGCCCCGAAGCUGCAGCUGCGCGUGAUGGGUGAUGGGCGGCGGGGUCUGCGGAGCCCCGGGUAACCGAUGCCUGGGCGGGGACGGCGGCUCCGGGGACCACGGAGAAGUAACAUUUCGAGAACUAAAGGACGUGCCUGUUACUUCUGAAAACAAUGCUUUUCACACCUUUAGGGGAGCUCCUGUGGAUCAAGCUAUAGUGAAAAAUGUUUCGGAAAGGCAAAAAGCGACACAGUAGUAGCAGUUCCCAGAGCAGUGAAAUCAGUACGAAGAGCAAGUCCGUGGACUCCAGCCUCGGGGGCCUCUCUCGAUCCAGCACCGUUGCCAGCCUGGACACAGACUCCACCAAAAGCUCAGGUCAAAGCAACAGCAACCUGGACACCUGUGCAGAAUUUCGAAUCAGAUACGUCGGUGCCAUCGAGAAGCUGAAACUGUCUGAAGGAAAAAGCCUGGAAGGGCCUCUAGACCUCAUAAAUUAUAUAGACGUUGCCCAGCAAGAUGGGAAGCUGCCCUUUGUCCCCAUGGAGGAAGAGUUCAUCAUGGGCGUGUCCAAGUACGGCAUAAAAGUGUCGACGUCGGAUCAGUAUGACGUCCUGCACCGGCACGCCCUGUACCUGAUCGUGCGCAUGGUGUGUUACGACGACGGGCUGGGCGCCGGGAGGAGCCUGCUGGCCCUGAAGACCACGGACGCCGGCAACGAGGAGUGCAGCCUGUGGGUGUACCAGUGCAGCAGCCUGGAGCAAGCACAAGCAAUCUGCAAAGUUCUGUCCACCGCUUUCGACUCCGUGCUGACGUCUGAGAAGGCCUGAGUCUGCGAGUGGGAGUCGACCGCUCGUGAACGCAGUCCAGCUGUCCUCCCGACAGCUGUUUGCACUCUGCAGUGCUGAGCUGGUGUGAGCACGGGAGCUGGUGUGAGCACGGGAGCUGGUGUGAGCACGGGAGGUGAUGCCUCGCUCUACUUUCUGGGGGGGGGGGGGAGCUGUGUAUAAAAUACCGAUCCUUUGUUUUUCUAUUAAAGCAUCUUCUUAACAGUGACUUAACUCGCUGAUGUUAUCUACCUGUCGGGGACUAAAAACAGAAACCUCAUUUGUUGCUUUUAAACACAAGCUUAACCCCCUGCUCGGCAGCCCCUCCGGGGACCAGCGGCCUCCGGCUUGCAGCUCUGGCCUGGGGACGCUGCUGGUCUGCAGCAGUGACAUAGCCGACUCCAGACACAGAGAGGGGAGCCG